AUGCCCAAUCUCCCCAUACUCAUCGUCGGUGCAGGGAUCAGCGGUCUGACCCUCGCCCAGUAUCUGCAAAAAUCAGGGGUCCCAUUCCUGAUUUUCGAGCGGGAUUCCUCGAUUGAUAUCCGAAGCGGGGGAUGGGGUCUGACGCUGCAUUGGGGACUGCCGAUCCUGCGGGACAUGCUGCCCGACCAUAUCGUCGCACGGUUGCCCGAAUGCUCUGUGAACAAGGAAGCUUCCGAGAAUGGCGACGUCGGUCGGUUCCCGUUCUUUGACCUGAGUUCCGGAUCGGCGCUGUUCGAGGUCCCCGCUGCGGAAAGGGUGCGGGUGAACAGGGGCAGAUUGAGGGAGUUGUUGGCGUCGGGGAUUGACGUCAAGUGGUCGAAAACAGUGGUGGAUGUCACAUCGACGGAGGAGAACGUCACAGCGCACUUUGAAGAUGGCACUUCCUACACUGGGAGUCUCCUCGUUGCCUGUGAUGGCGCCAAUUCUCGCAUCCGUAAAAUGACAUACCCCGACUCGUAUCAGAUGAAUCCACUGCCCGUCCAGCUUCUCGGAGUGACAGUCCGCUAUUCGCCCGAGCAGGCCGCCUGUUUCCGGGCGAUGGACCCGUAUAUCCUCCAAGGAGCCCAUCCCGAAUCGAACGUCUUCUUAUUCUUCAGCUUCCUCGACACCCCGAACAACUUUGACGACAGCACAGAUGCGUACCUCUGUCAGAUCAUCGUCUCAUGGUCCGACAGUAAAAACAUUCCGCUCCCGUCCGAUAAUGCUGGCCGGAUUGCAUUGAUGAAAGAGCUGACAGCCAACUGGGUCGAGCCGUUCCGAUCGCUCGUCCACAACCUCCCUGAUGAUUCAGAGGCACGCUCAAUCCGCAUCCAGGACUGGAUCUUUACCCCUGGAGAGAGGCCUCAUCCCCGCGUGGUGAUGAUGGGCGAUUCCGCGCAUACUAUGACCAUGUGUAAGAUGGCCCAUUAA